UGCUUCACUCCAACUCGAGAGAAUGGCGAGGAAGAAGCUGCUGUUACUGCUAAAACCCUUCGAUGUCUACCCGAUCAUUCAAUCAAACGGCUUUUCUCGCAUCAACAACCGACAGGUUUUUCAGUAUCUAGAAAACAGGCGCAGGGUUCACAAGGAUGCUAUAAACAUCUGCCAGGAAGUAUUGCGGAAAAAGUCUGUUUAUUGGGAACCAAUUCUCCGCAACAAUUUGUCACAACCAAUUUGUAACGUGGAUUUGGUUGUUACUCUUGGUGGUGAUGGCACACUUCUGCAGGCCAGCCAUUUUGUAGAUGACUCAACUCCAGUUCUAGGAGUAAAUUCUGACCCCACCCAAGAUGAUGAGGUGGAGGAAUUCCGGGAUCAAUUUGAUGCGACCAGAAGCACUGGCUAUCUGUGUGCAGGAAGUGUUCAAAACUUCGAACAAGUAUUAGAUGACAUCUUAGAAGGCCAAACAACUCCUUCUAAACUAUCGAGGUUGUCAAUAUGUUUGAAUUCAAAGCAGCUGCCCGUGUAUGCUCUCAAUGACAUUUUGGUUGCACAUCCAUGUCCUGCAACAGUUUCUAGAUUCUCAUUCAGAAUUCAAAGGAAUGGUCAGCCGUGUUCACCACUGGUUAACUGUCGAUCCAGUGGUCUCAGAGUUUCAACUGCAGCUGGAUCUACAGCUGCAAUGCUCUCGGCCGGUGGGUUUGUGAUGCCUAUAUUGUCUCAGGAUCUCCAGUACAUGGUGAGAGAGCCUAUCUCUCCUGGAGCCUUUUCUGCCCGGAUGCACGGAUUAGUGAAAUCAGAUGAGUCAAUGGACAUUGGAUGGUGUUCAAAAGAGGGUUUGAUAUAUGUUGAUGGUUCUCAUGUCUUCUAUUCUGUUCAAAAGGGGGAUGCAAUUGAGCUCUCUUCUAAAGCCCCAGUUUUGAAGGUUUACAUGCCCGCUCAUUUGUCAUCAUGAAACUCUGGAAGACCGUUAAAAGUCCAGUGGGGAACCGAUUUUAGGUAUUGUUCAAUUUUUUGUUAUAAGGAUUUCCCUCAUCGAUUAGUCCACCUUUGUUGAUGAGGAAAAUCAAUCCCAGAAGCAGGAGAAUCUAGAAUAAUAGCAAAUAACAGGCUAUGUACAGUUAUCAUUAUCUGAGGAGGAAUAGAUUUGAUAGCCUUGUAUAUAUUUUCAAUAUGAAAGGCAAAUGGUGAUUACAA